UCCAUCAAUCCAUCACCCAUCAGUCCAGGAGGCUUCCCUCUCUCCACUCCUCUCCUCCUCUUCCUCCUCUUCCCCCUCCUCCUCCUCCUCUCCAGCCUCUGUUGACGUCCAUGGCUCUGUCACCCGCAUCACCGGUUUCCACGCUGUUCUCAGGUCCAGUCAUGUAGUCAUUAUGGCUCUUCUUACUCCCUCUGUCUUCACGUCCUGUCUCUGUUUGUGUUCUCGCAGCUCUUCUGCACUUUUCCUCGUACUUCUGUUGUAGUUCAUCAGUCGUCGUUUCUGUCGGGAACUCUUUUUUAUUUUUUUUGCGCUUUUUAUUUUUUUCUGACGCUUUGAGGAGUUCCGUGCGUCCGAGCAUCACCGCACCUCUCCGGCUUUAAAUCCCCCUGCUCUGGCUGCUCCACCUGGACCCCGUCGGUUCCCUCUCCGCCGCUGAUUUCCCUAAUCAAUCAGCUCGUGCGGUCAUUUGUCAUCGUCGUGACUUCCUAAUUGUUUCCUGGCAGUGUUGGAGACCACCGGGGAAAAGGCUCACAUGAGUGCGCCUCCGCUGAUCCGUGCGCCCAGCCCGCUCCCGUUCUCAGGGGGGACAAACAACACCACCACCGGCACCGGGGGAGGAGGAGGAGGAGGAGGAGGAGGAGGAGGAGGAGGUGGUGGAGGAGGAGGUGGCGAUGUGAUCUCCUUCCACAUUCAGAUCGGUCUGAGCCGGGAGCCGGUGAUGCUGGACGCCGCAGAGCUCAGCCUCAGUCAGGUCCGGGAAGUGGCGUGCUCCAUCGUGGACCAGAAGAUUCCAGAGUGUGUUUUCUACGGGAUGUAUGAGAAGAUCCUGCUGUUUCGUCAUGACCAGACGUCAGACAAUGUGCUGCAGUUGCUGCGCUCGGCCUCCCAGAUCCAGGAGGGCGACCUGGUGGAGGCCGUGCUGUCAGCUUCAGCUACAGUGGAGGACUUCCAGAUCCGUCCACACUGUCUGUUCGUCCACUCGUACCGUGCUCCGGCCUUCUGCGACCACUGUGGAGAGAUGCUGUGGGGACUUGUUCGUCAGGGACUCAAAUGUGAAGGCUGUGGUCUGAACUAUCACAAGCGUUGUGCCUUUAAGAUCCCCAACAACUGCAGCGGAGUGAGGCGGCGUCGCUCGUCCAACGUCUCCCUAACGGGGGGGCUGGUAAACCUGGGUCGCCCCCUCUCAGCUGAGCCCUCACCCCCCUUCUACACCGACGAUGCUUUACUGUCUCCGGUCAGUCCCAGCAUGGAGCAGAAGAACCAAUUAGAUUACUUCCCCGGUCGAGAGCGGCGCUCCAGCUCUCAGUCGUACAUCGGCCGUCCCAUCGAACUCGACAAGAUCUUUCUGUCAAAGGUCAAAGUUCCUCACACCUUCCUGAUCCACUCGUAUACCCGACCCACCGUCUGCCAGCACUGCAAGAAGCUGCUGAAAGGCCUCUUCAGACAGGGCCUGCAGUGUAAAGAUUGUAAAUUUAACUGUCAUAAACGAUGUGCUCCCAAAGUGCCAAACAACUGCCUGGGAGAAGUUUCCAAAAAUGGAGAGCUCCUGAGCCCGGGGGCGGAGUCAGACAUCAUGGUGGAGGGUUGCCUUGACGACCACGAUAUUGAUCAAGGUGGCGACGACAUGGACGAAGUGCUAACAUCAGAGGGGGGUCUCAUGCUGGAGGCGGGGCCGAGCGACCUCUGCGACCUGCACGACCCCGACCUGGACGAGUGCAACCGGGCCAUCAGCCCGUCCACCAGUAACAACAUCCCUCUCAUGCGAGUCGUUCAGUCCGUCAAACACACAAAGAGGAAGACGAGCAACGUGAUGAAGGAGGGCUGGAUGGUCCACUAUACCAGCAAGGACACUCUGAGGAAGAGACAUUACUGGCGGCUGGAGAGUAAAUGCAUCACGCUGUUUCAGAACGACACAGGAAGUAAAUACUACAAGGAAAUCCCUCUGUCGGAGAUCUUAUGUCUGGAACCGGCUCAGACUUUGUCUGUGCUUCCCGAUGGAGCCAAUCCUCACUGCUUUGAGAUCACCACCGCGUCGCUGGUUUACUACAUCGGAGAACACCUGCAGAGAGCUGAGUCCUCUGUGAGCAGCAGUAGCAUUCUGGUCAGCGGAGUUGGACAGGAUGUGGCUCGUAUGUGGGAGACGGCCAUCCAGCACGCUCUGAUGCCGGCCGUCUCUACAGGAAUUUCCCACAGCUCUCACCGCAGUGGACACAAGGAAAUUUCCAUCAGUAUUUCUGUCUCCAACUGCCAGAUCCAGGAGAAUGUGGACAUCAACUCGGUGUAUCAGAUCUUUCCAGACGAGGUUCUUGGUUCAGGACAGUUUGGCAUCGUCUAUGGAGGUAAACACAGAAAGUCCGGCCGAGACGUCGCCAUCAAGAUCAUCGACAAACUCCGCUUCCCCACCAAACAGGAGAGUCAGCUGCGCAACGAGGUGGCCAUCCUGCAGAGUUUGCACCACCCGGGCGUGGUCAACCUCGACUGCAUGUUUGAGACCCCGGAGAGGGUGUUUGUCGUCAUGGAGAAGCUCCACGGAGACAUGCUGGAGAUGAUCCUGUCCAGUGAGAAGGGACGACUCCCCGAGAGGAUCACCAAGUUCAUGGUCACGCAGAUCCUGGUGGCUCUGCGUCACCUCCACUUCAAGAACAUUGUCCACUGUGAUCUGAAACCUGAAAACGUGCUGCUGGCUUCUGCAGACGCAUUUCCACAGGUGAAGCUGUGUGACUUCGGCUUCGCUCGGAUCAUCGGCGAGAAGUCGUUCAGGCGUUCAGUGGUCGGCACGCCGGCGUAUCUCGCUCCCGAGGUCCUGAGGAACAAAGGCUACAACCGCUCUCUGGACAUGUGGUCGGUGGGGGUCAUCAUCUACGUCAGUCUGAGUGGGACGUUCCCUUUCAAUGAAGAUGAAGAUAUCAACGAUCAGAUCCAGAAUGCUGCCUUCAUGUACCCUCCUCAUCCCUGGAAGAAAGUUUCCCAGGAAGCGAUUGAUUUGAUUAACAACCUGCUGCAAGUAAAGAUGAGGAAGAGAUACAGUGUGGACAAGACCCUCAGUCACCCCUGGCUACAGGACUACCAGAUGUGGCUGGACCUGAGGAACCUGGAGUCCCGGAUGAACAAGCGCUACAUCACCCACGAGAGCGACGACCUGCGCUGGCAUCACCACGCCCAGCUCAGCGGCCUCGACUACCCCACACACCUCGCCAACGGUCCCCGCAGCGACGGCAGUCAGCCGGUGGAGUGUUACCAGGAGCACGAGGAGGAGCUGGAGACCCUCAGCGAGAGGGUCAGUGAACUCUGAGGACGGGGCUCCAACACGAGAACCAGCAACUGUUGCAAAAUUAAAGAAAAGCACAAAUCAAAACAAAUGAGGAGACAUUUUAAAGAUACUUCAACACUUUUACUAAACUAACCAACAAAACAUUUGAAAACAAAUUUAAAAUUUCUUCAUUGACUGAAAAGCAUCCGUCAUUAGAGAGAUAUUAAGGAUGCGCAUUGCAUUCACUACAAGAAUAAAAAUCUCACUUACUUUGGUCUUUAUCUCAUUAUUAUAAGAUGAAGAUCUCUGCAAGUUAACUUUAGCUGAAAGCCUUAAUGUCUGUUAGGACAUUAAGAUCAUUUUUAUCUUGUGGUUAUGAGAUACUUGUUUUCAAAUUACGAGGGAAGGAUCUCAACUAUUUCUUUUUGUAAUUAUGAAGUCCUUGUUGCUUAAUAACGAGGUUAUAAUUCAUUUUAGGUCUCAGUUUUGUAAGCAUAAUUAUUUAAUUAUCUUUUCUCUUUACUACGAGAUCCUUGUUUUGUUAGUAUCAGGUCAGGUUUUCGUAAUUCUUUUCUUAUAAGACCCUACAGAAGAUAAUCAAGGAAACAGUUCAAAUCAGCAUACCUUGUAAUUAUAAAGAUAAAAAAAUAUAAAGAUCUAUAUGUUAUAAUCGCAACGCUCAAAACUAGAAGAUGACCUUGUAAUAACAAAACAAGGAUCCAUAACACAGAUAUCGGUCUUUAGGAUGAGUAAACACAUCUCCUAAUUAUGAAAUGAUGAGUCACAGCAAAUAUUUCUUCUUUGGUGAAUGCAAAGCACUUCCAUAGUUUUCAAACUUGACACGUUAUUUAUGAAAGAGACUAAACGCAGCACUUCUUGUUUCAGACAAUCAGAAAAAAGACGCUAUGAGGAAGCAGCUUUCAUUUACGUUCGGAAGACACAAAACUUCCCACCAAAGUUCGUGCCUCUCGUUGAAUGUUACAUUUGACCAGUAGGCGAUUUGUUAAUUGUUUGUUGUGUCAUAGAUUGUCACUGACUGAUAUUUCAGAGUCAUGGUCGGGGGCCAUAGAUUCUAACUUGCACAAACCUUAGUCAGAUAAAGAUGAAUGAGUCAAACAGACCAACAUAUGUUGGGGAUGGCAGGGACAUGCGAAGAGUAUCGCAUCCCCACUAAAAUCGUCCACUGGAUUUGACCUUGUGUAGAAUUAAUUUAAAAUGCUUUAUCAAUUAAAUACUUUUUACAUUAAUCAACAGUAAAAAUAAUUUUGAGUUACAAAAAACACAAAAAUUAAGAAAAGCAUCAUCAGUGUUCAGGGCUGUUUUCUUUGCGUGUGAUGUAAUUAUUGAAAGCUAUAAAUGUCUUCUCUUUAUAGAACUGAAACUCUACUAAGGAAAGUUAACAAAUGUAGUUCCUCAUGUUUUCCUUCAAUGAAAAAUAGGGGGUUUCAUUGCAAAACAAGAUAUCCAAAGUGAUGUAGUUAUUCACAAAUAAACCGGCUGCAUCCGUAAAAAGAAACCGUUCACUAAGAUGAUGAAGUACUGUACGUUUCAGGUACCUUUUGUUUUCUGAAAAAUGGAUACAUAGCAUUUUGGAAUGAAAAUCCUCAAUUGCUCAAGAAUCUGUGUCAACAAAUACCACAAAACUGCAAGAUACAUAGAUAUUUUAGUUUGUCAGUAUUCUUUUCUGGGUAAAGUUGUCCGAACACUGUUUCCACGUUUAUGUUUUUUUGCAUUUCCAAGGAUUCUUUUUCUUUUAAUCUUUGUGAGAUUUUAAUUUCAUGUAUUUCUGUCUGGACCACAGGGAGGCGAUGGUAGCAGAGCUCCCCUUUCAGUGGGUGUGGCCAACUGUGGUGUAACAACAAAAUGGCCGUCUGUCUUUCUCUAUGAAGGAAAACUGUUACAAACAUUGUUUUUUUUUUUUUAAAGGGGGUAAAACUUUUAUGUUUUCAAAAAAUAACACGCAGCAUAGUGUGUUUGUAGUUCUCAGUUGGACUGAAUUUCAGCUAAAUGCUACGUAGCGUCAAUUGUUAGCAAAGUGAAUGUUGUUAGUUUCUUAUCACAUUUACUGUACCAAUAGCCCAAAUACACAGCUGUUCUCUUUGAAUGGGAUACAAAUUCAAGUCAGGAUCUGACUCAUAUUUUUUCUCAAUAUUUAGCCCAGUUAGUCUUUUGGAUAAUGUUCCCUUUGGGAAGUUUAUUAUUCAAUUAACCUAAAAACCAAUUGACAGAUUCAUCGAUAAUGAUAAUAAUCAUUAGUUUCAGCCCUACUGCCAACUCUCCUUUAUCACUAUUUUUUAAAAAUGUCAGCUAAUGUUGGCCGGACAGCAACUGCUUUUAAACUUGCUCUCCGUUUCUGGUGACUCAGCUGUGCUUUACAUUUUACAGUAGAUGGGAAAAAAAGCCUAAUAUCUGAUCACGGUAAAGUCCGUCUGGAAGUCUGAAAAGUAAUUUUUCACUUCUAUUUGUUGGCAAAGUUAAAUAAAGUGCUGUCAGUUUCUAACCAACAAACAUCGGCAAACUUGUUUCCAAUAAACACCACAUGAAAGCAUUAAAAAUACCCGAUCUCACAAUGUUAAUAAAAGUGAAACAUAAUGCGUGUACAGACAAACCGAGCUGAAAGCAUAACCUCCUUGGCGAAGGGAACUAGCUGUUGUCGUUUACGUUGUCCUACACGUUAACGACAUGAGAAUAUCACUAAACUUUUACAUCACGAAAACACAGUUUUAAAACACCUUUUAAGGUGCAUACUUUUCAAAACUCUGGUUACUUUGAAUCCUCAUGGAUGUGUAAGAAGAGAGCAUUGGGAAACAUGUCUAUUGUUGCUUUGUGUAAUGAGCACGAUCCAGUGGUGCUACCGGGACUGUAAAGUGAUGCUAAGCACAAACUCAACUCGUCGUCCGUCGACACAUAAAAGUCACAUUUCAGUUUUGCCUCAUAGCACCUCGUGGACCAGAAAGAUAUUUAAUAAUGAAUAGGUAUUGUAUAAUUAGUUACUAUUGUUUGAAUACCGCCAGAGUAAAAUCUCAUUACGUUUACUCAGAAUCUUCUCUGGUGUUUCUCAUAUCGUUGACGUUAGUUUUUGCUCUCUAGUGUGGACGGAGAUAUUUGUCAAAUGAAGUUGUGUGGACGGAAGAUGAGCCCGAUCCUUUUGGAGUUUGCAGCAGCACAAAGACGGAAUAAAUAAUAAUAAGAGAGGUAUAAACAACCAGUACACGAAUAGAAGCAAAAAUAAAGAUGAUCAGUAAGUCUAGUAUGUAAACAGCGUAUUUUCUCAAGAACACUUCAUCACUUUGUUUUAAUGUAAACGUAGAAAAUUAGUUUCGUAAGCACUGGGAAAUUCAGCCCGCUAUGCUGGAAUCAAUCUUGCCAUCUGGCUUGAUGCAUUUCUGGCUUUCAUGCAGUAAAAACUGAGAACAUUUGAAAAGGGUUUUUUAAAAUUUCUGCACUUCAUAAAACAUGACUUCAACCCUUUUUUCCUCCAAAUCACUUGAUACUUUGGCACUUGAGCAUUCAAAAUGACAUUUUUUUUUCAUGUUCCUCCUACAAUCUUUUUCCACCAGAGCACAUGGUGGGCGGCUGUAAUGAUCACCGCAAAUUAAUUUUAAAAAGAUUACAGUUUAUUGCCCUUUGUGCCGCUCUGUGGAUAGCGACGGUUCAGAAAAGGCCUCCCGUCAGGCUCGACAAGACGUCUGUUUACCGAUAAGCAAGGCAAGGUUGAACUGCUACAUCUUGAACUCCUCCCAUACAGAGACAAAGGAGAACAGCAUGUAUCAGGGUUAUUAUGUUGUUAUUAUACUGCCAUAGAUCUGAAAAAUAAGGGCUGUUUCUCUGAAGCCUCCAUGGCCUUGUCUUCUUCGUGCCUCUCUCUCUCUCUCUCUCUCUCUCUCACUGAUCAGUGCUUCUGUCUUCAGCUUCACCUGGAACAGGAACGUCACCUGUCUCUUGUGUUUCUCCGUAAAGAGGUGACUUAUCAAGCGUUUGUUGAAAUACUUGUUUUGUAAUUGUGUGCACAUACGGUGCAACAGUGGUGUGUGUGUGUGUGUGUGUGUGUGUGUGUGUGUGUGUGUUAUCUAUUGUAAAGAAGCUGGAGAUGAGCUCAUCCAUUCAGCUACAAUCUGCUACUGCAGGUGUGCACAGGAAGUACUAUGAAAGGGUGACCAGGUAACAGUAUUUGUCAUGUUCCCAGAGACAAUAAGCCUUUCUCAAAACCGAGAACGCCAAAUCAGAGUUCUUGGAGGAUUCGAACUUUGCAAAUUGAACUCUGGAGUCCAAACUUGAGACUCGGGGGACGCAGGAAACUCACAUUGACAGUAAGACUCAGUCAGCUGAUACAUUAUAUUGUAUAUUUAUAAAAUACUUAAUCAAAUACCAUACACUACUCUGCGAAUGUUUGAUGUCAUACAUAUAUAUUUAUAAAUCUGUAUUUAUAAUGUGGCGAGAUUUGUAAAUAUAAGGAGCCUGAAGGAGGCAAAGCUGUUAUAUAACUAACAAACCAAUUCGGCAGCAAAGAAUGUUCUAUUUCAAGUAAUUUAAUGUACAAAAGUUAACCUCUCUUAUUUUUUAAGACCAGAGACAUCAGAGUGAAUAAUCAAAAGGCUUCUUUGAUAAGAAUGUUCACACCAAGGACGACUACAGAAAGCCACUACUCCCAGCCAAUAAAUAGUCCCCCACAGACGAUUUUACACGAUCCUAUACUUUAUUUUGAUGAACGAUUUAUUUCCCCACAAUCAUUGAACAGAGCCAGGCUAGCUGUUCCCCCUGCUUUCAGUCUUUGUGCUAAGCUAAGCUAACCAUGCUGCCUAUUUAAAAGACUGAUACGAGAGCUGUACGGAUCAUUUCAUCUGAUUCCCAGCAAGAAAGGGCAUUAACAUACACAUUUACACAACUAGCCUAAUUAUUCCUCUAAGUAAGUAAAUGUACUUCUCUAGUACUUCUAUUUGAGUCGAUAGUUUUGGUUUUGAUACUCCCAGACGAUCUUCUGAUUCAAGUUCCACCUGCAGUGGACAUGAGUCAAGAUUUAGUUAUUUUGUUUUAUUAGGACUAUAACCUGGCCUGCUGACUGUGAAAGGUCACACGUUUGAUGCUGUGAUAUUUAGAACACAGGCUCUGGGUGAGUGUGUUGGCAGGAUGUAAACGUGACGGAUGAACAGAUUGCUGUGCGUUUCAGCUCAGUAUUGUCCCACUGAAUGUGUUUAGCUUGAGGCUCAGAGCCGCUGUCCCGUGUGUCCACGUUGCUGAAUGGUCGAAUGUUUCUGACGUGGCUUCACUCCUCUGAACAAACCUGCCUGAAGUGCUCACAAAGUGUUUGCUACCUGCAGGAACUUUGAAGAUGUAUUUUUUU